GACGGGACUUAGAUGCUCCAGCUAGACGUUGCGCAUCGGGACUGAUACGAGAAUGGACAGCUCCUCCAGACUAGAGUACUAAAGGCGCCCGCACAACGCGAUGAAAUUGCUUCUCACCAUGCCAAACUCCUUCUGCAACACCAUGAGCGACAAGUCCGCAUUCAAGCCUUUGCCUUCCCCCUCCGCCCGCUCCCAGUCGGCGCACAUCCUCUCCUACAGCGAUGCUCCCCCCUCACAAGCACCACCUCCCAUCGUCUACCCUUCCUCCAAAUCCCCCUCCCGGCUUCGCUGGGCGGCCUUUGCCUGGGCUGUGCUCCUUGCACUCGCAAUGCUGGGACCACUCGCAGCCCUGCUCGUCUACAUCUUCGUCAUCCACGGCUACGUUGUCGACGUGGACGGCGGCGUCAUCUACACCGGCGCGGCAUUCAACGUCAUCACGUCCCUGUCCAACAUUGUUAGUAAAGUCAGCGAUUUGGCACUCGUGCCCGUCGUGGGCUUGAUGGCUACAAUCGUUGCCGCAGAGUGGUAUCGCGCAAGCAACGUGUACGAAGGACGAGGCAGGCCAACACCUGUGCACCUCGGCGCGGCCAUGAGUCUUCUUGGCGGGCCCAACCCACGCACCCUCUGGGGGGCACUCCGCCUUUGGUUAGGCUGGGGCUCCACCUCUCGCCACUCGCACGUAAGAAUGCCAAAGACGUUGCGCCUCUCGAUCCUGCUAUGUACCUGGCUCCUCGUACUCCACUAUGGCAUCAGCGCGCUCGAUCAGGCACUGCAUUGGACUACGCAUCCGCGCUCAGUUGUUGAGAAGACGAACGACGUCCUGCUCACCGAGGACAUGAGGUACAGCCGCCCUUUCAAUGACACGAGGUGCGCUGAGUGGAAGGCGGAUCCGGAGAAUGCCGACAGAGCCUCGUACAUUCGGGAUUCGUGCGGGUUGCAAAAUGGCAGCAACAAUGCCAUGUACAUCGACCAGCCCGAAGGGGCUCGCACCCUCGCCAACGCCUCGACUAGCAACUCUGUCGCCUGGACGAAUCAGGGCUCCGCAAUCAUGGUGCCCGCGACGAGGCCCAACAUAAGCUACACGGCCAGGGCGCUGGGAGUGAGUGCGAACUGCAAGUCCCUCACGCAGCAGUGUGUUACCUGCAAGACAAGCGGAUCCUGCGUGGGCGCCGAGGGGACUUCGGAGGCGAGGCUUUGGUUCACUUGCCCGACGCUCAACACAACAAGCGUCAAUUUGGACGAGACUACGUACGUGGACGGGCUGAUCAAUCCGGCCACCAACGGCCAAUUGACGCUAAGCGGGUCCGGCUACCAGUAUUUUGAUAACCUCGCGCAGACUAACCCCUUCCGCUACGCCUUCGUCGGCCAAAGCUUCGCCUAUGCCGGCAUCGGCGACUAUUUAAGUGGCCAAUUGGUCGGCGACACGGGAUUCAUCACUUGGGGCCACCAAGGCGGGCUGAACGUCGUCGACUGCCAGGUCAUGGCGGUAGACACCGUCUACAAAUUCACGCCCCCCGCGACCUACACCGUCCAGUCGUCGGUGCCCAGCUCGCUGCUCCACGCGCAAUAUCUCUCCAACUUCGUGCCCGCGGGAUCCGCAAUCACCACCGCGAUACAAGGGGCCGGGACGAGGCCAGGCAGCAUGACCUUCGCGGAUGCGACGGCUCUCGAGCUGGCAAAGAGGACCGUGGCCGGCGCGGCCGUGCUCUUCGACUCUGCGCCCUUGGUUGAGGUGUUAGGCCGGCCCGUCGUGGGGAGCACGGUGAGAGUGUCCGUUCUGGCCUUGUUCUGUCUGCUUGCAGGCCUCUUUGGCCUCACUUCUCUCCUCGUAGGCCUCCUUGCCGCCUCCUCCCUGCGGGGUAUCACGAGCCCAUUCGUCUCGGUAAUCCGCCAAAGACUGCUCAGCCCUUACGGCGUCCUGCUCGACCUGUACGGUCGCCCCUCUGAGCGGGAGAAGGACCUCAUGUCCGACACGCUUACCAAGAUGUUUGACGACACGCACGAAGGGGAUCGUUUGGUCAUUGGGCCAAGACUAGAGGGCAGGAGAUGGCGCGUUCGCUCGCACAGACAGGAGCAGGCCCUUUGAUGGCGAAGGCAAGGAAAGGAAGGGAGGAGAAAAGGUCCACAGCUUUGUUCUUGUAUUCUGGGCGAGGCCGACGCCACUCAAUUCAAUCUCAUGGUACGCGACACAGCUGAUUUCAUCUCUACGGCUUUUCUUGUCGCUCUUUGUCCUCGAAGCUGAAUUUCACUCUGAUCCCAAUCUCAGUCACUCGAGCGUCGCUUGCCAAUGACAUUGCAACACGGAGCUCGUGAUGAGAAAAAGGAGGUGGGCUCAUCACGGCGCUCAGCUCGAUCGCCCAUGCAACUCGGACUCGACUCACCUUCGCAAUGCAGUCUGGAGCGACAGGGGUUGAAGCAGAGAAGAUAGGACGUGGGAUCAGACGAGAGACAACGGGCCCACUCA